AUGCCUCUUGUCGACUCCCAAACCUCGUCUCCCGGCCGCGAUCCCGCCGCGGCCGCUCCGUCCCCCCCGCCCUCCUCCUCGUCCUCCCCGUGGACCCUCUCCUCCCCUGCCCCCUCGGAAUCUGCCAUUGCCACGGGGGCUGAUCUUGUUCUUGAUAGCGGCGGCCUCGCCGUCGUCCAUCUCUUCCAUCUCGUCGUCGUCCUUGGUCCUGCGGUUGGAGAACUUGAGUUUCCCGCCUCGGCCGCGCUUGGCGACGUCCUUGCCCUUGAGGGCGGCGACGUAGGCCCCCACGCCCGAGCUCUCCGGCUGAUCGACGUCCAUGGCGUCGUUCUCGUCGUCGCUGUCCUUGCCGAGGAUGAGCUUGCCGUCGAGGUCGUACUUGGCCUUGGACUUGGUGGGUUUGCGCAUCUUGACGGGCUUGGUCGAGGAGAUGUUGGCGAGGGCCUUCUUGUCGAGAAGGUCGAGGGGCUCGUCGUCGUCCUCGAGGAUAUACGUCUUGCCGCCCUUUUGGCUCUUCUUUGCCUGUCGGGUGGGUGCCUCGCCUUCCGAGUCGUCCUCCUCUUCCGAAUCGCUGCUGUACAGGGCCUGGUCGAAUUCGUUCUCGAAUUGCCGCUUGGGUUGGUCCUCAUCAUCGUCGCCGCUGUCGUCCUCAUCGUUGGCAGUUUUGGCGGCGUCCUUCUUCCUCUUUGUCCGCUCCUUGGUCUUGCGGAUGUUGACAAUCAGCUUCUUGUCCGCCUCGGGGCAGUUCUUGUGGAUGUUGUCGUAGCCGAAGCGGCGCACCAUCCUCUCGAGGAUGUGCUUGACCUUGGCCUUGAAGUGCCCCUUGUGCUCGUGGCUCCAGACAAUCAGAUUGGGGACGAGCGUGGAGAGGCGGGGCAGCAUGAGCUCGACGGGGAGACCGAUGACGCACACCUUGACGAAACCGAGGCAGCUCUUCACGAUCUCGCGGUUGUUGGACGUCAGGAAGAGAGUUUGCUCACUGAGCUGCGACCCGAACUCGAAGAGGAGACGGCUGAUGGCUGUGAUGGAGGCGGAGAUCAUGUGAGGGGUGCUCCCUGCCAGACCGGCGCUGACCAUGGUGAAGUACUCCUCGAUGUUGGCCGUUCCUGCGGGGGCUCCCUCAGGCAUGUGUGGGACCUUGCUGUUGUCGAUCUGGGCACCGUUUGCGGAGAUCAUGCGGUGUCCCAUCUGGACCAGCAGCUCGUAAGCUGUUUCUCUGGCCCUCUCAUUGUUCUCCUUGCAGCAGAUAACGACCUCGCUCAGGAUGGCUGGGAUGAAAUGCAGGGAGUCGUCGUUGACAUAUGGAAGGAGGGUGAUGAUGGCUGCGAGACGUUCACGCCUGGCGGGGGCGGAAACCUUCUCAGUACUGGAGAUGAAGAGGUUCUGGAGCUCCAGGCCCCUUUCCCGGAGUGCUGCCUGGCCGAUCUCAGAGCUGGCCAAGCGAGGAAUGAGUUUCAUCUGGCUGACUCGGUUGAAAGUCUCCAUGACCUCGGCCUCGGGCGCUAUGCUCAGGAAUGCAUUGACGGUCUGAAGGAUAGGGCCUCGGCUCUGUGGCAGUGUUUGUGUGUAGACAUUGAAAAGGACAGCAAGCAUGUUGCCGGCGAAUCCGCCCAGAUGCUUGAGGUUUUCUUGGGCGGUGGCGCGGGUGAUUCUGCUUUGGAGGAGAAGGUCUUCUUCCUCCUUAUCAUCGAUGUCGGCGAUGGCCUGAUUCGACUCCACGAUGGUUCUGAGAGCGCGGCAGAUGUCCAGUCGCAGAUCGACCUGCUUGUAGAACUGGUCAAAGGCCUGGGCCAGGUCCAGAGGCAGAUCGCAAUAGCCGGGGAGGAUGGACCAAAUCUGCUGCACAACUGUCUCGUAAAUCUUUACCUCCAUGGUCUUGGCCGCCUCGCCGUGGUCGAGAACCUUCUGGAACAUGAAUUCACUGAGAGGGACCAUCUCGCUCUUGAAAUGGUUGAGGUUGGUGUUGCUGGUGUAAUCUCUGAGGAUGGGGAACAUCCAAGCUCUGCCGUUCUGGCCCUUGACGGGCUUGAUGAGGUUCAGGGGCAAUACCGACAAAACAGCUUCGGGUCCCAUGGCACGGGUGGCCUUGCCGAUGAGUUCGUCUGCCUCCUUCUUGUUGCGGAAAGAAGAGCUCUCGCGGAUCUCACCUACAGUCUUAGCAACUCCCAACAAGAUGGGGUGGGCUCUCCAGCGCAGAACAUCGAACAUGGCACCAAGAACGGCGAAGGUCUGAAGCCAAGCCGCCUGGUACUGAACAGUGAGCAGGGAUUCGGCUGUCUUGGCAAUCUUCUCAAGGAUCUUUUCGUCGUAUACAGAUGGCUCGGUAAUCACCUGAGAGGGCACACAGUUUGCCAUGAAGGAAACCAAGCACUCUGA